UUUUGGUUCAUUGGUUUAAGGUCCAUUUCAUUUUUCAUGUUUAUUUAUUUUUAGAUAAGCAAUUAAUGGCCUUAUCAACAAAUAAGCUGACCCAGAUUUGUUUAUGUUUUCCUCAAAGAAGAAAAAAGAAAGUUGAAUGCUGUUGAAAUAAUUGCACUUUUUGAAGCUCCUUCCUGCCAUCAAUGGCAGGGCGAUGCUAUUGUCGGGGGGUCUAUAUUUUCGUUUUGCUACGUUCUAUAUCCACCACGCAAGAACAACGGUCCACACAAGUCCUGAACCGCACGAAUGACCGCUUGAGCCCACUCCAACUCUAACCGUUGCCUGCCAUUUUCACUACUAUCUACCUCCACUCUCCCACACCCCCUCUCUCUCUCUCUCUCUCUUUCUCACUCUGGUUUAGUGUUCUUCUAAGUCAACUUAAUUUUUAAUCAUUCUGCUUUCUUUGGCUAAGACAGCUGCACGCUAAAAGCAUUUGUUUUUUGGAGUCGUGGUAAUUUGGGAUUGCUAUAUUAUUUUUAAGCAUUCUUUUCUGUAAAUUUUUGGGAACACAGCUCGUUAAUUGGUGUUAGUUUUCCUUUUGCUUUUCUCUUUCCCCGUAACUCCAUAAGAGGAAGAUGACAAAGAACACAACUUCACAAGACUUGAGCAAAACGACCACCCACUUAGAUUUCUCCAAGAAAUCCAAGAAUUUUAGCCCCCUCGAGCCUUUUCUGGGUGUUCUUGGCUUCACUUUAGUCACUUGUCUCUUCAUUGGGGCAUUCUUUUACUUGGAUUACCGGGCUGUCCUCCACCCUGGGUUCUCUUUGUUUGGACGUAGUGGCACUACCACUCCAUCAUCAUUACCAUCAGAAGCAAAAGCAGCAAUAGCUAAAGCACCAGCAAAAGGGAAUGGACGGCUGGGAUUCCUAAAUGGAGGUGGAGUUACAUGUGACAUUUAUGAUGGGAAAUGGGUGUGGGACGAUAACUACCCACUUUACCAAAGCCAAGAUUGCCCUUUCGCAGAUAGCGGUUUCCGGUGUCUAGAAAAUGGUCGGCCUGAUAGUUACUACACCAAGUGGCGUUGGCAACCUCAUGAUUGCGAUUUGCCAAGAUUUAAUGCAACAAUGAUGCUGGAAAAGUUGCGGAACCGGCGCCUUGCAUUUAUUGGUGACUCCAUUGGAAGGAACCAAUGGGAAUCUAUGCUUUGCUUGCUUGCUACUGCUAUUCCCAACAAGGAUUCAAUUUAUGAGGUGAAUGGGAACCCGAUUACUAAACACAAAGGGUUCUUGGUUUUUAGGUUUGAAGAUUAUAACUGCACGGUUGAAUACUACAGAUCUCCAUAUCUAGUGGUGCAGGGCAGUCCUCCGAAGGGGUCUCCAAAAGAUGUUAGGAUGACUCUCAAACUGGAUCACGUGACCUGGACUCAUCGUCAGUGGAAAGAUGCAGAUGUGCUAGUUUUUAACAGUGGCCAUUGGUGGAGUUAUGCGAAGACAAUAAAACAUGGUUGUUAUUUCCAAGAAGGGAUGGAGGUGAAGAUGAAGAUGGACCUUACAAAUGCAUUCCAAAAAUCCAUCGAAACUUUAGUUGACUUUGUUGCCAGUCAAGUAGAUACUAAGAAGACACAAGUUAUGCUUCGCACCUAUGCUCCUGUUCAUUUCAGAGGUGGCACCUGGAAUACUGGUGGACACUGCCAUCAAUUAAAGCUACCUGACUUUGGUCCAUUGCCGAAUAACACUGGGAAACUUGUUGACAUAGUCUCUGGUGUAUUGUCAAAACACCCACAAGGAUUUCAAGUGAUAAAGCUGAUGAACGUAACUCCCAUGACAUAUCAAAGGCAGGACGGGCAUACAUCGUUGUAUCAUUUUGGCCCAGGAAACGGGCCAGGUCCUAUGAACCGUCAAGAUUGUAGCCACUGGUGUUUGCCUGGUGUGCCUGACACAUGGAAUGAGCUUGUUUAUGCCCUUUUUCUCCAGCGGGAAUACUCACGCUCAUAAAGCUCCCAGGUUUCAUUAUGAUGGGUAUAAUGUUUUCUGAUAGUUGAUCAUAUACGACAAAUGGUUCAUAUUCCUCACCGAUGUAGAGAGUUGAAACUUGGAAAUCUUGUUCAUUUGAUCAAUGAAAUUAUAACAAAUUCUUUACUCCUCA